AUGGUGGCCUUAAAGCGUGUGAUUCUACAUAACGAGAAGCAAGAUGGAUUCCCCUUGACGUCCUUGAGGGAAAUUCACCACAUGAAUACGCGCUUCACAUCUUCCGAGGUCAAGAACCUCCUGUUGCAGCUUCUGCGUGGCGUGGCACAUUUGCACGAGCUAUGGAUCAUCCAUCGUGACAUCAAAAUGAGCAAUUUGCUCUACACCAACGCAGGCCGGCUCAAGCUCGCCGACUUUGGACUUGCUCGUUUAUACGGUGCCCCUCCCGCUCCUAUGACCCCCAAGGUGGUCACUCUGUGGUACAGGGCCCCUGAGCUAUUGCUGGGGUCGGAGACCUACGACGUGUCUAUUGACAUGUGGGCCGUGGGGUGCAUUUUCGGGGAGCUCUUGGAAUACAAGCCCCUGUUGCCCGGCGGAGACGAACUGGAGCAACUCAAAAAGAUCUUUGAGCUGCUGGGGAGCCCAAAUGAGCGGAUCUGGCCGGGUGUGGAGUCCCUGCCUCACGUAGCUUCGGGAAUGGUCUCGCUGCGUCCGGACAGGUACCCCUACAAUACAGUGGCCGCGCGCCUCCCGCGUUUGAGCGAAGGCGGCGUGGACUUGCUCAAUUCUUUCUUGGCAUAUGACCCACAAAAGCGGUUGAAUGCCACGGAUGCUCAGAGACACGCCUUCUUUACGAACGAGCGGCCAUUGCCUAAGGAAGACUCUUUGAUGCCUACGUUUCCGUCCCGUCAUGAUGAGAUGGAAGCCAGAGAAAAGGAAAGAGCUCGGCUUUCAGAGGGUCAAAAGUCUUCCACUGCCAUGUUGCUCAAGAAAAGGGACUGGGAGGAAGAGAAGGGUUGA